GGACAAGUAUUGGAAGAAAAACAGUCAAAGGAAUAGACCACUUUCACCACAUCUUAGUAUAUACAAAUAUCAUAUCCCUAUGAUGUUGUCGAUAUCAAAUAGAAUCACGGCCAGUAUCGUCACAGGAGCUUUCUUUGCUGCGCCCAUGAUCUACCUGUUUGGCACAAAGGAUUUCGCGGGUUAUUAUGCACUUCUACAGAACUCUGGUCCAUUAGUUCAGAGAGCGGUUACAUUUGCCAAGCUGAACCUGGCUUUCUGCUUCAGUUUCCAUUUUUGGGCCAGCAUAAGACAUUUUGUCUGGGACACAGGAAAGGGCUACUCGACUGAGCAGCUUUACCAGACCGGCUAUGCCUUGCUAGCAGCUACACUUCUCACAACGGCUGGGCUUAUGUGUCUGUAACCUAGGAACAUUGCUCAAGACUUUGUGGAGAUAAUUUUCACCCUAUCAGUCUUUGCACUGACUAUGAGAUACCGAAAUUUAAUGUGGUCUAGAACAGUAGAAAUCAAAUAUGUGUACAUAAUGAGACGUGUUCUUGGAAAACUGGGAUUCAUGCAUGACCGUAAAGUGUCUUCCCAGAAUAGCCUUUGCAGUGCGCACAUGCUAAUCAGGGACGUCUCUUUCCGUCUUAAUUGGUUAUCCCUGAAAAGAGGCCUCCUUCUUAUGAAAAUGCAAUUAAAGUGGAGUGAUGAUUAUCGUGUAGAGUGCACAGGCUAACCUGUGAUGG